GGACUAAAACAUGGUAAACUGGUAAACAAUCUUGACGUCUUUUUUCUCAAUUUGCAUUUAAAAGUUGAGUUUCUUGUAUGUUUUUCUCCAUCAGAAUCUACAUUUUCGAACAUGCAGCUAAAGUCUCGACUUUCAAAAGUGCCUAUUGAUAUGUUCUACAUAAAUAAAUAUGAUUUGACUUAGAUUGAAAAAAUCUCCAAACUUACUAAUUAAUCUAAGACAACCCACUGACCUAACUAUUACAUAGAGUUCACAAGAAGGUUUAUAUAUAUUUCAUUUGUAAGUUCUUAGAUUUUUGAAAUGCAAGGUGGAGUGAAAAGACAUAAUUAUAUUAUUAAGAUUGUUUAUCUUUAGUAAAUAACCUAGACCAACAGAGUGUAGGAUUUCUUCUUUAAAUUCUGCACAGUAAUGAAAAUUAAUAAUUUAGUUGAUUGUCCCUAUGGUACAAAACAUCAUCCUUGAUAACAGAUGAUACAUAUGUAAUUAUAAUAAAAUCUCUCACAUAAAAUGUGGGUCUAUACAUCUGCAUCUACCUACAUCCCUUUAGGCUGGCCACGUACAUACGGAAUUCCGUUUCAGAAUCCUGAACGGGUCGGCCACAUACAUAAGGAUUUCCAUUUUGCUGUUUUUCGAACGGAAAACUACCGUACGUAUGUGACAUGAAGUUAUAGAUAAAGAUGGAGACCACACUCCGAAUACCUACUUGAAGCUUAACCUAUGUAUUACUAUCUCGCUCUCUGUGGGCAGGCCCUCCCUUUCUAAGUAGGUAACCUUUAUUUUAUUUUUCCCAGGAUAUCGCUAUAAGUAGUUGAGUUACAUUAAGUGUUUUAUUUAUAAAUAUCUAUAUCUCUGUUUACUACUAAGACCUAGUCUAUAUAGAUUAUAUAUUUUUGUACAAUUUUUUUUGAGAAUUGACUAGUUUUAUGAAGAAAGGUUUUCAUUUCCAUGGGCAGAAACGGUAUUAAAAUAUGACCACGCAUUUCCGUCACAACCCAUAUAAUGCAGAGCCUAUUUAAAAAAUGUGGAAAAUAAAUAUAUCAGAGAAUAUUUUAUAACUACCAUUUCAAUAAUGUAUUUUCUGGUUAUUGUAUACAAUUCCUAAACGGUACCAACGAAAUAUAAAAUUAAAAUUUAUUAUAACCCCGGGUGAUCAAUGAAUUGGGCAAAAUAUACCUGAUUUAUUGUUCAGACAGACUAAAUCUAUUUCUGGACAAUUAUUUAAAAAAAAUAUCACGAGGACUAAAGCAGCGUAGCGGAGCUCCUGCCUUAGCCUUCUGACCUAACCCAUCCGAGUCAGGCUGCUCUGAGCUGAAAUGUGUAUAAUACUAUAUUCCACACAUCCAGUUCAUUUUAAGAAUUAUCUACAAUUCCUAGGAAUUCUAUAUAAUAACGGAUUUCAUAGAUUUCUAGUAACAUGUACUAUAAUAGGAACGAUAAUAUAUUAUUAUUUUGAGUUGUUAUCAGGAAAAUGCCGCUGCCCACCUCCUGUUUCAUUUUCCCUCUGACACCUCUUACAACACCCUCGGAACGAUAUGGGGUAGUGGAUAUUCUCACACCACCACUACAUGGUUUGUUAAAAACCUUAAAAAAAUAAAUAAAAACACUUUCCAUAUUAAUAUUAUUUAUUGAAUUUUUCACACCAUGUGGAUUACUCUGUGGCUUUUUGAAGUCCUUACAGAUAUGAGCAAAGCGCCCUUGAAUAAUAUUUUCAAUUUCUGACUGACCCGUAUACUUUUUAAUAGUGUCCAUUAAAGAAGACCUAUCCUGAAUUUUUUAGUUUGGCGCGCCACUUUUUGCUUAAGAAUCUUAGUUUUCGUCUCAAGUAUUUCUUCUUUAGUACACUUUAUUUUCACUUGCACGUCGUCGUAUUCACUGCUGACCUAAGAAAACAAGAAAACUUUAUGAAAUCAGUAUUUUUAGCAUCGUACAUCGUCGUAGGGGUACAGGGUCGUAGCGUGAUGUUAGAUAGACUUCCUGAAGAAUUGGUUUUAAAAAUGCAAAAAAAUGUUUUCAAAUCAGACUGGUAUAGUUCCAGAGAUUAGAGAACUCUAACAAAAAAAAGAAACAAAUAACUCUUCUACAUCAUAAUGUCAGUACAAAUUUACAUCACUUAAUAGGUAACAUAUAAUACACCGGAGCGCGCCUUCAUGAGCACGCAUAAAUGAAGCAUCAAACAAGAAGCCUUAUGCUUAGUGUCGUAGUAGUUACCACACUGCGAUUGGCACUAAAGAGUUUAAAUAUGUAUGUGUUUUAAGCUAUAUAAUACAUUAUGUAAUGUAAUAUUAAAGUCAUAAUAAAUACAAAUAAAAGGUAUGUAUUUAGUAAUAAAGGAAAAGGACACUUACAGGUACUUUGUUAAGAUUGCAUAAAUUUUCAAGAAUUUUUCGACAUUGUUUUUUACUAGUUUGGUCUUCAAUAUUACAGCCAGUACAUUUCACUUCUGUUUCCUUAAGUGCAGAACUUUACUUUCAUAAAUGUCAGAACUAGUGCUUGGUACAGCCAGAGCAGCUAUUUGCACAAUAGACUCUUCAUGUAAUGCACUUAUUGUCUGCAAAUAACAUAAAAUGUUGCUUUAUAUCAUACAUCUAAACUACUACAUUUCUAAAUACAUAAUUAUUAUAAGCGUUAUUAAAGUAUCAGAAUAAUGAGAAACAAAAACUAAAUAAAAAUAAAUUGUCUACCAAAAGAAUAUAUCAUGUUACUCAUUUUUAAUUUAAUAUUAUGAAAUCCGUCAUUAUAUAGAAUAUAUAGGAAGUGUACAUAAUUCCUAAAUUUCAUGCAUUUCCGGUAACAUUAUAAGAAACAUGUACAUAUAAUUAGUUAAGGUCACACGGAAAGUCUCAGAUACAUCAUCAAUAUGGUCACACUACUUCAGUGCGAUUUGUUUUAAACAAAAAGAAUAAAAUUGUUCAAACUUAAUUCAUUUCAAUGUAAAACUAUUUGAUUUUGACAAAGUUAUAAUUUACUAAUAUGUUUAAAACACUGAUAAAACGUUUCAGCAAAAAAUUAAGUGAAAAUACAAAAAGUAUAUUUACAAGUAUUCAAUGUCAGAAGUCACUAUUUAAACACUUACGUGUGAAAUCUUAUAUCACCUCCUGGACACCAACUACUGUCGCAACCACGUACUACACAAGUUUGCACCAUUUCUUGAAUUAUAACAAUAAUUAACUUUAAAUAUCUCAAACGACGCUGUGAACUGCUAAGUAAACAACUGCCAUAUUUGUCUAAUUUAUGUUGACUUAUAGGGCUAAUGUUGCCAUAUUACCGAAUCCUUAGGAAAUGGGAUUGUAAUACACUGAUUCAUGAACCCAAUAAUGCAUAUGAGACCUUUAGUUUUGGAAUUUUUAAUGUAACUAAUCGUAGAUCAACUAUUUAUUUGUUGGUACAUUAUUUUACAAAGCUUAACUGCUGAUUUAGUUAGUGUGGAAAUUAUUUCUAAAAAUUUACCGGGAGAUUCAAAUAAAAACAUAGCAAUAUUGUGUUCCACACUAAAAAGAGAAGUCAGACCACAGAGAGUGAGAUAAAGAUACGUAGGUAUUUGACUCAAGCUGUUGUUCCAAGUGUGGCCUCCAUCUUUAUCUAUAACUUCAUGGUAUGUGACGGGUCAUAGAUUUUAUAUGGACUUGCUGCGUUUGUAAUCUCGAAGCGGAAUAUUGAAACGAAAUUCCGUAUGUAUGUGGCCGGCCUUAGCCGGGCUUUUGAGUUCUUGAAAUUGUCUUUUAUAACAUUGCUAUUAAUAUUGUAAAAUAAUGUAGAGUAACUUAGAAAGAUUAAAAAUCACAUUUCAGUCAGGCCCAUUAUAGUCACUUUAUUUUAUUUUCAGGUGUACCUCUACAUUACUUUCCAUGUCCUGAGAAAGAUGCAGAAAGGUUUCAUAAUUGGGUAAAGAUUAUUGGAGGUGCUAUUGCGAGUCUGGACAACACCACUAUCCGCAAAACUCAUAGAAUCUGUCGUCAGCACUUUCAGAAAGAGUUUCUUUACCCAAAAAACAGGCUUUGUAAAUUGGCUGUUCCAUCUUUGCUUUUACCCUCUGCAGAUGUAUCAGCACCAAGCCCACCAUCUAUAUCUCAAGGAGCUAUAUUGCAUUGUGAUGUAACAAAACCCAUAACAACUAGAACUAUUGAAUACUUCAAGCCUUCUAGUUCAGUACCCUUUUUGAGACGAAAGCAUUUUGAAAAUAAGGUUAAAAGAUUAGAGCAAACCCUUCGUCAAGUUCUUAAAACCAAACAGAACUUUCGCAAAAGAUAUCUGCUAGCAAAGAAAAUAAGGAAAACAAAUGCUUUCGAAAUUGUGACCAAAAAGAUGUCAUCAGCAGCUAAAUCUUUAUUUUAUAUGCAAGUAAAGGGAACUGGUAAAAAACCUAGAGGAAGGCGUUUUACUCUUAAUGAAAAAAUUUUAGCACUUUCGUUAUAUAAACCAUCACCAAAAGCAUACCGCUUGCUAAGCCAGCUUUGUGUUUUGCCAAGCCGAAGAACACUUCAAAAUAUUUUACAGAAAGUGGAUUUAAAGCCUGGCAUUAACGAAAAAAUAUUUGAACACUUAAAGAAAAAAGUGUCGGAAAUGCCAGACAAACAUAAAUUUUGUUGCAUACUGUUUGAUGAAAUGUCAAUUGCUACUAAUUUAAGUUACGAUAGGGCACACGACAAAAUAAAUGGUUUUGUUGACAAUGGCAGCAAAAGACAACCAAUAUUCGCUGAUCAUGUGCUUGUAUUUAUGGUGAGAGGCAUAGUAAAAAAAUAUAAGCAGCCAAUAGCCUAUAGUUUUUGCUCAGGCACAACAAAGUCGGUAGAUCUGAAAUAUCAAUUAAAAAAUAUAAUAGAAAAAGUCCAAAACACAGGUCUUAAAGUUGUAGCUACAGUGUGUGACCAAGGAGCCACAAACAUCGCUGCAUUAAAUCAGUUGAUGGAAGAAACAAAAGGGAAUUAUUUAAGAAAUGAUGAGGAUUAUGAAGGUGGAUUUUUUGAAGUGGGCAGUGUCAAAAUUAUGCCUAUUUAUGAUCCACCUCAUCUAAUGAAGGGUGUACGUAACAAUUUACUAAAUAAAAAUUUAAAAUAUGUCAUGGAUGGCAAGGUACGUGUGGCUAAAUGGUGUCAUAUAGAAGAUCUUUUUAAAAGAAGCCCUUCAUUCUGGGGUGUAAAGUUGGCUCACAAACUGACAGCUCAACAUGUGGUGCCCUCAAUGAUACCCAAAAUGAGGGUUAAGUAUUGUACACAAGUGUUCAGCACAUCUGUUGGUGUGACACUUGGAUGUCUGGCAGAAAGUGGGUGCUUACCAAAGGAAAGUGUGGACACUGCACAUUUAAUAAUGCUGUUCGACAACCUGUUUGACUCCGUCAAUGC